UUUUUUUUGCGCUUCCCGCGCCCCCGCCCCUCUCUGUCUUCUCUACCCUGGGAGCAGCUCUCUUGCCUUGGCCCCUCACCCCUGAAAAUGUAUGCCUGUUCCAGGUUCAUCUCUACCCGCUCCUUGGUCAGGAGCACCUCUCAGCUGCUGAGUCGUCCACUGUCUGCACUGGAGCUGAACCCACAGACACGGAGAGAUGAGGCCCUCAGCAGCUUGGCAGUCCCUCGUCCUUUGACCUCACUUGUCCCUAGCCGCAGCUUCCAAACCAGUGUCAUUUCCAGGGACAUCGACACAGCCGCCAAGUUCAUUGGGGCUGGGGCUGCUACUGUUGGGGUGGCUGGCUCUGGGGCUGGGAUUGGAACUGUUUUUGGGAGCCUCAUCAUUGGUUAUGCCAGGAACCCUUCUCUGAAGCAACAGCUCUUCUCCUACGCCAUUCUGGGCUUUGCCCUCUCAGAGGCCAUGGGGCUCUUUUGCCUAAUGGUGGCCUUUCUCAUCCUCUUCGCCAUGUGAAGCAGCUGUCUCCACUUCCACCUCCCAUAGUUCUUUUGUGUCCCGUCUGCCCUGUAUGUUCCUUUUCCUGUACCUCCCCAGGAAGUCUGGGGAAAGUGAUUGGCUCAGGGUUUGACAGAGAGAAGACAAAUAAAUACUGUAUUAAUAAGA